AUGAAUCCAAAUCUUGAUCCAAUGUCGUUAUUGAAACCCACAUUUCGAAUAUUAUCUGCAUUUCGACCAGUUAUACGAAGCAUUAAAACAAGUACCGGGAAAGGAUCGGUCGAGAAGCAAGAUAUCAAUGAUGAUGAAGACGCAUCAUCAUUUUUAACAGAGAAUUUCAACGAUCGUGCUGCAAUGGAACGAGCAGUGAGUACAGAUGGAAGAGAACGAUCACUGAACAGAAUUGAAUUGAUAGGACGUGUCGGCGCCGAUCCCAAAGUAGCUGGUUCGGAAAAAACAAAAGUUGUCAUAUUCAGUUUAGCAACAAAUGAGUACUCCAAUUCAGCAGUUGAUGGGGCUCCAAUAAAACAGCGUGUCGACUGGCAUCGUAUAUCGAUAUUUAAUAAAAGAUUACUUGAAAAUGCUGAAAAAUAUAUUCGUCAAGGUGAUCGUCUCUAUGUGACGGGACGUUUACAUCAUAAUAUGAUCAAAGAUAAAAAUACUAACCAAAAUUUAUAUGUCACGAGUAUUAUCGCAGACGAUAUGAUAUUUUUGACGAAAAAAUCGUGA